AUGGCCGCUAAACCUAUGACCGCCGCUGCAGUCAUCAUGGCCUCGAAUGCCAACCGACAAAACGCUCCUUCGCCGACCCCCGCUCCUGCAACAAAAAUUCAAGGAAGCCAAAGCCAACUCACCGAACUUGAGCCUGAACUACCGGUUGAAAGCUUGAAAGUUGACAGUUUGGCUGUCAUGAAAAUCAUCAAACAUGCACGGGAAGUCGCUUUGUCCAGUGCAACCUCUCCAGCAUCCGGUCAGCUCCUGGGUAUCGACAACGCGGGCGUCUUGAACGUCAGCGAUGCUUUCCCACUACCAUCGGGCAGCUUAGGAAGCAACGCCGAAGGCGAAGAUAAACAAGCCAAUCAAAAGACCACUGCCCGGUAUACUGCCUCGAUCCUUCCCCGUCUAUCUGCACUAGGGGCAGAUGCUAACGUAGUGGGAUUCUACUGCUCGACCGUCAAUGGCCAACAUUGUGCGACCCCCGGCUUCAUCGAAACCCUGAUUGCAAUGCAAAUCGGUGCUCCACCUGUUGCGAACCCCAAGAGCAAAAACCUAACCAGUGCCAGACCUAACAUGGCUGGCGGUAAAGGAGUCGCUCUGGUUUACGAUCUCGCUAGUGCUACCGAAGGCACUGUUCAUCUGAAAGCUUACAGACUGUCCAAAGAAUUUGUCGAGACUUACAAGAGCGGGAAGUUUGACUCGCAAAACCUUGCCAAUCACAAAUUGACAGCUUCGAAUUUCUUGCAAGAGAUCCCGCUGAACAUCCAAUCAUCAGCUCUAUUGACGGCCUUCCUUGCAACUCUGAUUGCGCCUUCGAAGACAGGCGGACACAACAGCUCGGUAUCGAACGGUUCGUGGGGCCAGACGAGCACGGGUGGCACGUGCAAAUUGGUCGACUUCCUACCCUCCUACUCGGCCCUUGGUGCACCCUCGUCGAACUGUGCCGAGUCCCCCUUGUCGCUAUCCGAUAAUCUUGCGGCUACCAUCUCUAGCAUCGAUACUCACAACACUGCCUUGAGCACCCUCAGCUUCCAGAUCCGUCAGCUAGCUCGUGAUCGGGCUCGUCUGGAAUCGGUCAUUAACAAACGUAAAACCGAGAAUGAAAUACGUGCUCAACAAGGCCUUCCACCCCUCCCACCAUCUGCUGAAGAGGCUGCUUUGAAGGAGCCUUCCAGGUUAGAAUCGAUGUGUGCAUUGUCCGGGGUCGAUUCGGCGGCCAAGAAGUUGACCGAAAGCAGCGGCUUAGGCGUCGUCCGGGCCUUUGGCGCCAAAGCUGGUCUCGCAAACUAG